UUUGACGCAGCACUUUGCCUCAGUCACUCGGAGUAAAAGUUUUUGUGGCGGUGUCCGCAGUGACAGGAGAAGACAUUCCGGGGGGUGUAGCCAUGGACAGUUUGACUACUACGGACAGUGCUGCAGGCACAAAGCAUGUGACAGAGACUGAUUCUGCUUGGAGCAAGACUUUAGCUCUGGAUCCGGGCGAGGAGUAUAAAAUGAACCGUAAAAGACGAGGACUUGCAAUUAUUUUUAACCAAGAACACUUUUACUGGCGCCUUGGAAUGCCUGUAAGAUAUGGAACUAAUUCUGACCGUUAUAAUUUAGAAAAAAGACUUUCAGCCUUGAAUUUUGAAGUCAAGACUUAUGAAAAUUACAAACAAAUGGAGAUCUUGGAUAUACUAUGUGAAGCUGCACAGGCCAACCACGCAGAUGCAGACUGCUUUAUGCUCGUCUUUCUCAGCCACGGUGAACAAGAUCAUAUUUAUGCAUAUGAUGGAAAGAUCAGCAUUCAGGACAUCACUGCCAUGUUCAAAGGCGACAAGUGCCAGAGUUUGGCAGGAAAACCAAAAAUCAUCAUGUUACAGGCGUGUCGUGGAGAUAAACAUGAUAACCCAGUGAAACCGAGUGAUGAUGUGGACAAUAUGAUGAAAACCAAUGAGGUGGUGGUCGAUGCCAGUGCUGUCCACACGCUGCCUGCAGGAGCCGACUUCAUCAUGUGUUACUCAGUCGCUGAAGGUUACUAUUCCCAUCGAGAGACGAUCCAUGGCUCCUGGUAUAUUCAAGAUUUUUGCGAGCUGCUUGAAAAGUACGGAGACUCUCUGGAGUUCACAGAGCUGCUCACGCUGGUCAACAGGAAGGUGUCCAUGAGGAGCGUGGACACCUGUAACGAUCGCAGCGCCAUUGGGAAGAAGCAGGUGCCUUGUUUUGCGUCGAUGCUCACCAAGAAACUGUACUUUAGACCAAAACCAGCCAAUAAGUGAACCUGAGCUGAUCCACAUUCCAGAUUUUCAGAUUUAAAGUGUAUCUAGAUCAUGUGUGAAUCAGGGGCGGCGCUGGGGGGGGCUUGAGCGGGCACUAAUCUUCCCUAGAAUGGCCAAGGCACCCACAUAGCUUGUCCUGUUUUCAAAGGACAUCCAGUCUCGACUAAACAUAAUCAGAGUGUUCAAAAUGAGAUAAAACUGUAAUCCCAUAGAUAAAUAGAUAGAAAAAUACUUUACUGAUCCCGAAGGAAAUUCAUUUUUCGGCAGCAACAAUGAAACAUAACACAUACAGAAGUAAUUUAUCACCAUGGGGGCUGAGUAUAUUUUGACUUUUUUAACAAACAUAGUAGGAGGUGAGGGCUUAUGUCCAUUAAAAGCUCUAAAUUAACAAUAAAGUGUGAACGACGCUUGAAAAAUUUAACCCCUUCCACAUCCCCUCCAACCAAAAAUGCCUGGCGCAGCCCCUGGUAUGAAUACACAUUUUAUCUGUCAUAUUAUGGAGUCGAUUUCACUUGACAUUUAGGUAAUUUUGUGAUAAAAGUGCUGACCAAUGUUAAUAACUUGUACUUUUGCGAGUGACCUUGAGCGGGGCGAAAAGACCUGUCUGUCCUGGUUAAUGUUUUAUUAGGGGCUAUUAGCGAUAUGAUUGUGAAAGUCCCUCAUCAUCAAAGCAUUUAUGUGUAAUGCCACUGAAAAAAGGGAAUGACUGUACUGUAUAUUUUAACGCUGUAACCUGUGACGGUACUGUGCCAAGUUUGUUUAAAAUUGUCUUUGUUUAGAUUAAGAACCUCAGGGAAUAUAGAGGAUUACUGGAGGUGAAUUUAGACCAAAUAUAAAACUUAAGUGGACUCAUCACUCAGGAAAACAUACACCAGCAGCAUACAUUUAUUUGAUUUUGACAGUACAAUAAACAAUCUUUUACUUAA